UUCCCGUCCUUGGAGCGGACUGUCGCCCGCCGCCACGCGCCCGCCACCCUCCAGCCUGCAGCAACAGCACCCGCCAGAAAAGCCGAGGCCGCGGGGCGGCCGUGCCCAUGGCCAGGUCCCUUCAGGACAGUGGAGACACCCUGCGUGCUAAGCCGUGACCUGGAACCCAGCUGGCCCUGUCCAUGGCUUGGCCUAUUCCCCGGACCCCUGCGCAACCCUGGGCCUGAAACUGUUAGCCACUCAGGCCGUGCCAGAAGACUACCAGGCUCUGUAGCAUGCUCACAGCAGCACAGACCAAAUCAUUAUCAGGCAAGAGUGGGACAGCAAAGUGCUCGUGGUAGGCCAUGGGAGGGGACAGAUCAUGGCCCAGAUGGUCCACUCACAGCAUGCUGGCUUCAGUGGAUGUUCCCAGGUGGACUUUGCUGGCACUUAGAGCCUCCCACUUAGGCUGCUGCUGGCGGCAGCAGGGUCCCCACCAGAAGGUAGGGACCCUGGGGCAGCCUGGCCACAUCCUUUUCCCCUCCUGGGUAGGCCCUCCCAGCCCUGGGGGCUCAGCGAGUAAGGACUUGGCUGAGCUUCAAUUUGCAGUUUUAUCUCAACUGUACCCCUGGCUCCUUCUGGCCUCCUUCUCCCCAGGUGUCUGAGCUCGGGCCACUUCCCCGCUGGCCUUGGAAGGGUGCUGGGAUUUGGGGGCUGCUUGUCCCUUGCCACAGCGAAGCCGAAGCUGUGCCUGCAAGAAGGCCUGACCUCCUUUCAUCGCAGCCCGGACAAGCAGGAUGGGCGACAUGGCCAACAGCUCCAUCGAGUUCUACCCCAAACCCCAGCAGCAGCGGGAGGCCCCCCAUGCAGGUGGCUUUGGGUGCACGCUGGCCGAGCUGCGCUCCCUCAUGGAGCUUCGAGGGGCCGAGGCCCUGCAGAAGGUCCAGGAAGCCUAUGGGGACGUCAGUGGGCUCUGCAGAAGGCUGAAGACCUCCCCCACGGAGGGCCUGGCGGACAACACCACCGACCUUGAGAAGCGCAGGCAGAUCUACGGGCAGAACUUCAUCCCCCCCAAGCAGCCCAAGACCUUCCUGCAGCUGGUGUGGGAGGCCCUUCAGGACGUGACUCUCAUCAUCCUGGAGGUGGCCGCCAUUGUCUCCCUGGGCCUCUCGUUCUACGCACCACCGGGAGAGGAGAGUGAGGCCUGCGGGAACGUCGUGGCCGGGGCCGAAGAUGAGGGCGAGGCCGAGGCCGGCUGGAUCGAGGGCGCCGCCAUUCUGCUGUCGGUCAUCUGCGUGGUGCUGGUCACGGCCUUCAAUGACUGGAGCAAGGAGAAGCAGUUCCGAGGCCUGCAGAGCCGCAUUGAGCAGGAGCAGAAAUUCACAGUCAUCCGGAAUGGGCAGCUCCUGCAGGUGCCAGUGGCCGCGCUGGUGGUGGGAGACAUCGCUCAAGUCAAGUACGGAGACCUGCUGCCUGCUGACGGCGUGCUCAUCCAGGGCAACGACCUCAAGAUUGAUGAGAGCUCACUGACUGGAGAGUCUGACCACGUGCGCAAGUCGGCAGACAAAGACCCAAUGCUGCUCUCAGGCACUCAUGUCAUGGAAGGUUCCGGAAGGAUGGUGGUGACAGCUGUGGGGGUGAAUUCCCAGACAGGCAUCAUCUUUACCUUGCUUGGAGCUGGCGGGGAGGAGGAGGAGAAGAAGGAUAAGAAAGGCAAGCAGCAGGAUGGGGCGAUGGAGAGUAGCCAAACUAAAGCCAAGAAGCAGGACGGGGCCGUUGCCAUGGAGAUGCAGCCCCUAAAGAGUGCAGAGGGUGGGGAGAUGGAGGAGCGGGAGAAGAAGAAAGCCAAUGUGCCCAAGAAGGAGAAGUCGGUCCUCCAGGGGAAGCUCACAAAGCUGGCCGUGCAGAUCGGGAAAGCGGGGCUGGUGAUGUCUGCCAUCACUGUGAUCAUCCUGGUCCUCUACUUUGUCAUCGAAACCUUUGUAGUCGACGGCCGGGUGUGGCUGGCUGAGUGCACGCCGGUCUACGUGCAGUACUUCGUGAAGUUCUUCAUCAUCGGGGUCACUGUGCUGGUCGUGGCCGUCCCAGAGGGCCUGCCUCUUGCUGUCACCAUCUCCUUAGCUUACUCCGUCAAGAAAAUGAUGAAGGACAACAACCUGGUGCGCCACCUGGAUGCCUGUGAGACCAUGGGCAAUGCCACAGCCAUCUGCUCCGACAAGACGGGCACACUCACCACCAACCGCAUGACCGUGGUCCAGUCCUACCUGGGGGACACCCACUACAAGGAGGUCCCAGCCCCCAGCGCCCUCACCCCCAAGAUCCUCGACCUCUUGGUCCAUGCCAUCUCCAUCAACAGUGCCUACACCACCAAAAUACUACCUCCAGAGAAGGAAGGUGCCCUUCCACGCCAAGUGGGCAAUAAAACGGAGUGUGCUCUCCUGGGCUUUGUCCUGGACCUCAAGCGGGACUUCCAGACAGUGCGAGAGCAGAUUCCAGAAGAUAAGCUUUACAAAGUGUACACCUUCAACUCAGUCCGAAAGUCCAUGAGCACAGUCAUCUGCAUGCCCGACGGUGGCUUCCGCCUCUUCAGCAAGGGGGCCUCAGAGAUUCUCCUCAAAAAGUGUUCCAACAUCUUAAAUAGCAACGGUGAACUCCGCAGCUUCCGUCCGCGGGACCGGGAUGAGAUGGUGAAGAAGAUCAUUGAGCCGAUGGCCUGCGAUGGCCUCCGCACCAUCUGCAUUGCCUACCGCGACUUCUCCGCGGGCCAGGAGCCUGAAUGGGACAACGAGAACGAGGUCGUGGGCGACCUCACCUGCAUCGCUGUGGUGGGCAUCGAGGACCCUGUGCGGCCGGAGGUCCCUGAAGCUAUCCGCAAGUGCCAGCGUGCUGGCAUCACCGUGCGCAUGGUGACCGGGGACAACAUCAACACUGCCCGGGCCAUUGCGGUCAAGUGCGGCAUCAUCCAGCCUGGGGAGGACUUCCUGUGCCUGGAGGGAAAGGAGUUCAACCGGCGGAUCCGCAACGAGAAGGGCGAGAUAGAACAGGAGCGGCUGGACAAGGUGUGGCCCAAGUUGAGGGUUCUCGCCCGCUCUUCUCCCACCGACAAGCACACUCUGGUCAAAGGGAUUAUCGACAGCGUGACCGGGGAGCAGAGGCAGGUGGUGGCUGUGACCGGAGAUGGCACCAACGACGGGCCAGCUCUCAAGAAGGCUGACGUGGGCUUCGCUAUGGGCAUCGCAGGGACAGAUGUGGCCAAGGAGGCCUCUGACAUCAUCCUGACAGACGACAACUUCACCAGCAUUGUCAAGGCAGUGAUGUGGGGCCGUAACGUCUAUGACAGCAUCUCCAAGUUCCUGCAGUUCCAGUUGACGGUUAACGUGGUAGCAGUGAUUGUGGCCUUCACAGGGGCCUGCAUUACUCAGGACUCUCCUCUCAAAGCCGUGCAGAUGUUGUGGGUGAACUUGAUCAUGGACACAUUUGCCUCUCUGGCCCUGGCAACGGAGCCACCCACUGAGUCAUUGCUCCUGCGGAAGCCAUACGGCCGGGACAAGCCCCUGAUCUCACGCACCAUGAUGAAGAACAUCCUGGGCCAUGCAGUCUACCAGCUCACCAUCAUCUUCACCCUGCUCUUUGUCGGGGAGCUCUUCUUUGACAUCGACAGCGGGAGGAAUGCACCCCUGCACUCGCCGCCUUCUGAGCACUACACCAUCAUUUUCAACACCUUCGUCAUGAUGCAGCUCUUCAAUGAGAUCAAUGCCCGCAAGAUCCACGGGGAGAGGAACGUCUUCGACGGCAUCUUCAGCAACCCCAUCUUCUGCACCAUUGUCUUGGGCACCUUUGGAAUCCAGAUUGUCAUCGUUCAGUUUGGUGGGAAACCCUUCAGCUGCUCCCCCCUGUCCACGGAACAGUGGCUCUGGUGCCUGUUUGUUGGUUUUGGGGAGCUGGUCUGGGGACAGGUCAUCGCCACCAUCCCCACCAGCCAACUCAAGUGUCUGAAGGAGGCAGGGCAUGGGCCUGGGAAGGAUGAGAUGACUGACGAGGAGCUGGCCGAGGGGGAGGAAGAGAUUGACCACGCCGAGCGGGAGCUCCGUAGGGGCCAAAUCCUUUGGUUCCGAGGCCUCAACCGGAUCCAGACACAGAUGGAGGUAGUGAGUACCUUCAAGAGAAGCGCUUCAUUUCAGGGUGCCCUGCGCCGGCGGUCUUCAGUCCUCAGCCAGCUCCAUGACGUAACCAAUCUUUCUACCCCUACUCACAUCCGGGUGGUGAAAGCCUUCCGUAGCUCGCUCUACGAGGGCCUGGAGAAGCCAGACUCUAAGGCCUCCGUCCAUAACUUCAUGACUACGCCCGAGUUCCUGAUCAAUGACUACACCCACAACAUCCCGCUCAUCGAUGACACGGAUGUAGAUGAGAACGAGGAGCGCCUGCGCGCCCCCCCACCCCAGUCCCCCAACAAGAACAACAACGCCAUAGACAGCGGCGUCUACCUGGCCACGACCGCCAGCAAGUCAGCUACCUCUUCCAGGCCCGGAAGCCCCCUCCACAGCGUGGAGACGUCGCUCUAACGGAACUCCUCUCUUUUGCUGCACACAUGCGCGUGCACAGACACACAUACACACUCUCAGACUCACCCACACUCACAGAUGUAAAACACCCCAGACGGCGGAAGACUUUUCUUGCACGUCAUUUGCAAGAAGCCACAUCCAUUCACUAAGGGUGCAGCCCGCCACCGGCGUCUUUAUCCAGGACCCCAGGAAGAAGAGGGAGGAACUGAGAGGGUGAAGAUCUCUGUUCCCCACCUGUUUUUCUAGCGAUGCGAUGCUUUUAUUUUUAAACAAACACUACAGUUCCGUUCCACCAUCCAUUUGCCAUCGGGGAUGUGCACUGGGGCCGGGCGCUGGCUGGGGUUUGUGGGAGCAACUGAAUCAACGUGUUCGUCCACAAAAGAGGCGAGCACUCUGGCUGGGAAGGCUGUCCCGGUCCCCACACCGCUUCCUUUCCUGCCCUGUCAGCCCAGCAGAUGGCCCACCCAAGGGAGUCUGUGCAAACGUACCUGCACCACAAAGCAAGUACCCCGGGAUAAACCGUCCACAUCAACAGUAUGCGUGCGUGCGUGUGCGUGCGUGUGUGGAAAUAUAUAUAUAUAUAUAUAUAUAUAUAUAUAUAUAUGACAAGAUGCUUAUUUAAAGACUAAGGAACUAUUUAUUGGCAUGCUAUGUCCAUUCCUUUUAUCGGGCAUUUUCAUUUUGAAAUUUCAUUAUUUAUUUUAGCAGGGGGUCCUGGUGGUGCAGUGGUUACAGCACUCGGCUGCAAACCAAAAGGUCAGCAGUUCGAACCCAGCCACUCUUCAGGAGAAAGAAGUGGCAGUCUGCUUCUGUAAAGAUUGCAGCCUUGGAAACCAGAUGGGGCAGUUCUACUCUGUCCUCUAGGGUCUCUAUGAGUCAGAAUCGACUCUGCGGCAGUGGGUUUGGUUUGGGUUUUAUUGU